GGAACCGUUAGCAUCCCAUACGAACGAAGAAAGCUGAAAUUUUAAGUCAGGACCAAAAAGUUUAAAUUAAAGUUAUCUUAAGUUUGUUGAUAACAUUAUUGAUAAAUUUUCUUAUGUGUGAUAAGAAUACUAUGUUAAUUAAUAAAGAGAUUAAAGAAACAUGGAUUUUGACACUCCAAAGAGGGAAUGUUUAAAACAGACAGUGAAAAAGAUCCAGCAAAAUAGUGUCAUGUUAGGAAGAGGGAGCUUCGGGAUCGUAUUUAAAGCAUUAUAUCGUGGUAAAAUGGUAGCUGUAAAGAUUAUUUCAAAAUGUGAUGGCUACAAAUUUUCGUCUAUUAAUCGUGAACGCAAUAUUCUACAUUUAAGCAACCCGAACAUCAUUAGAAUACUCAAAAUUGUGGACAGUAAGGAUUAUGGUGCAAUAAUUAUGGAAAGAUUUGAAAGUUGCAGGAACUUACAGUUCAUACUUGAUCAUUGUAACAAAAUAGAUCUUAUUAAUCGACUUAAAAUAUUAAGAGACAUUACAAGUGCCUUAAAGUUUUGUCAUAGAAAUAAUAUCAUCCAUAGAGACUUAAAGCCUGAUAAUCUAAUGAUUAUUUUGGAUCAUGAUCGUAAUGAUUUUAUUUGUAAAUUAUUUGAUUUUGGAUGUAGCUAUAAAAUUAAUCAUAACUCGAGUUUCGUUCAAGACGAGAUGCUGAAAAAAGGACAUGAGGAAUAUGAUUUCAAUGAUAGCAUUGUGGGAACUGUUCGAUAUAGUGCUCCAGAAUUAUUGCAAGGAGCUGUCCAAUUGACGUCGUUAAAAAAAAUUGAUAUUUACGCAUUAGGCAUUUUGAUGUGGCAGUUAAAAGAGAAUGAAAUUCCGUACCAAACGAUUAAAUCAAACGAGAUUAUUAUUUGGCAAGUUAUAAAAAACAACUUAAGACCUGACUCAAAACUUUUGUUGUUUAACGAAUUCCUCGAGAAACCAAUAAAUAUUAGAAAAGGUAAUUCUAGCAAACUGUUCAGGAUGCCACUAGAAGUAAGGUCAUUAACACCAAAGAAAUUGUUGAUCAAAAGUAAUGAAAAAUCAUCGAAAAGUGAUUUUAAGCUGAACCGAUCUAAAUGUGUCAUGAAAGGAUCGGAAAAUGUAAUUCGCAAAAGUUUAUUCAAGUCCAAAUUGCUAGACAGUCUGAACAAUGAAAAUGAGGUUGAAGACGAGUCUACAAAGGUGUUUAUCAAUUUCUUAAAGGAUCAACAAUUUUAUCUACGAAAGCCUGAACGUUUAUUUAAAGUUGAGAAUGAAUAUAUCCGAUUGUACAAGGCUUCUUGGGAUGAAAAUCAUUUAUUCAGACCAGAUGUUGAAAAGAUUUGUAAUCUUAUAGAAAAAUUUAUUAAUUAUCUUUCGAUUUCUUUGUAAUUCAAGAGAGAUACUUUCUUUCCUAAUUUACUAUAACCAAUUAUUUUUUUAAAUACAUUAAUUGUAUCCGUAUUUUUACGUUUCUGAUGAUUUUAUAAUAAUUAAUUAAGAAAUAAAUUCACAAUGCAUUGCAUUUUAUUGUACUGAUAAAUUCUUCUUUGGCAUGUGCCCACAAUCGCCUAGUAAGCGAAGAACUACACGUCCACUUGGAUGAAUAACUAGCCAUGUAAUAGAUGCAUGAUGGAGUGACAUUCUUAGCCAUGCUUCAGGUGGGAACUGAAGUGCUCUACAUACAAAAUAUCUAAUUACAUUUCCAUGACAAACUAAUGCAGUAUACGAGUCUUCCUUUUGUUCUGGAGCGGCUCUAUGAACAUAUUUGCGGAAUGCUGCUUCUAUACGAGCAUUAUCAGUGAAGAACUCUGACUCAUCUGGAUUCCAGUAAUUUAAAUUUACCCGGCGGAUAUACAGCACCCUCUUCAAGCAUCCCACAAUUUUGUACGUUUAUGCUAUCUCGAUUGGUUAAUUGUCCUAAAAUUAAUUUUCCUGUUUCCUGAGCGCGAGUCAUUGUGGAUAUAACAACAUCUGAAAUUGGAAAUUCCAAUUCUUUAAGUCGAUCGCCUGUUAAUUUAGCCUGAGCACGUCCUAAUUCGGUGAGGACUCUCUCCUUAUCAGUAAUUCCAUGAAUAUUGUAUUGACCAUGACGAAUCAAUAUGAUAUGCCUUAUUGCCUUAGCACGAUGUUUAUCCAACUUUUCGUUAUGCUCAUUCUGUCUCUCUGCACUUGCAUUUUCAGCCAACGGUUUCACUAAUGCUGUACAUGCACGAUGAUCCCAAUUAGAAUCCCAUUUUAAUGACGGAGUGAAGUCAGAUGUCCAUGAGUUUUGUACAAUUUUGCUCUUUUCAAUAUUUACUAGAUAAUACAAUGAUAAUCCACCAAGAGAAUAGCAGCUGACAGUUGCAGCACGUUUUAACAACUUGAAAUACAUCUUCUUAAUGAAUUAAAGUGUACUUUUACUAUUAUUUUACAAACUUAAUUUUUGAGCAGAUCUUAGCUUUGUUUGAUAAUGAAAUGUAAACAAAAGAAAGA